AUGGAGGGGCAGAGGAUGGAGGGGCAGAGGAUGGAGGGGCAGAGGAUGGAGGGGCAGGAGGGCGGGGGGCUCGUGGAGGCCGUAAUACGGAGGGCAGGCGCCGAGAGCAUCUCCUGCAUCGUGCGGAUCGGGGGUGCCUUGCUCCGGGGGUUUGUUCUCAGCCUGCUGGAGCAGGACGGGGAGCUGACCCAGCGGGUGGUCCCUGAGGAACUGGGGUGCGAGGUGGGGGAAGAGACUGCUGUGGCCUCAUUGCGGGCAGCUGCCCUCCGUGUCUGGGACCGCCUGAGCCAGAACCCCGAGAUGGACAGCCUGGUGGGUGCCGUGGCCGGCCGCCCCCCUCUGCACGCCCUGGCCGAGGUCUCCGAGCAGCUCUUCCAGGACGGCAUCAACUGGGGUCGGGUCAUCGUCUUCUUCUACUUCACCUACCGGGUGGUCCGGCAGGCACUGUGGGAUGACCAGCCCCUCCGGACCAUCAUCGACUGGGCCAUAUCCUUCCUGCAGCAGCGCCUCUCUGCCUGGAUCCAGUGCCACGGGGGCUGGGUGAGCGCGGGGGUUAGCCCCAGGGCGUGGGGGGUGUCUGGGGCUGACACCCCCCACCCCAACACCCUGCUCUCUCGUUGCAGAACGCCAUCCUCAGCUACAGCCCCCUGCAGCCGAGCCAGGGCCCCCGUGCUGUGGGGACCUCUGAGAAGUAAAGGCUGAAGGGAGGAGCUGGUCCCUGUGGGGUGGCAGCUACCAGGGCCCCCCCAGUACCACUCUCCCCCCCCCCCCCCCCCAGCACUCCCGAGCUCCCCGCGUUCCUGGAGCAGCGGAAACACCCAGUCAGCACCUCUGUGGGGCCAAGUUCCUCUUUUAUGGCCCCCCCGGGGCUGAAUCAGCUCCUCUGCUGCGCCACCCCCCACCCCCCCCACCCCUGCACCAUCAUAACCCCCGUUCAUUAAACUGUAAUUAACGAGCAUUUGCAGCCUCCCCGAGCAGGUCAGGACCAGGACUGGCACCCCCG